UCUGUCUAUUUAAGAACCAUACUUGUGCUUGCAUAACCACUUGAAUAUACUCGAAAUCUCUUCUUUCUGAUAAUCUGCUUGGAUAAUGGCUUAUCAGGGUGUUGUUGCCGCGGUGCUUCUGGUUAGUGCUUGUUGUGUUGUCAAUGUUGAUGCAUUUGUAGCUUCGGGAUGGACUAAAGGCCAUGCUACGUUUUAUGGAGGUAGCGAUGCUUCAGGAACAAUGGGUGGUGCAUGUGGAUAUGGGAACUUGUACUCGGCUGGAUAUGGAACCAACACGGCUGCUCUAAGUACUGCACUCUUCAACGAUGGAGCCUCGUGUGGACAAUGUUACACGCUCAUGUGUGAUUAUCAAUCAGACCCGAGAUGGUGCAUAAAGGGAACAUCUGUUACCAUUACCGCUACAAAUUUUUGCCCCCCGAACUUUGAUCAGCCUAACAAUGCUGGAGGCUGGUGCAACCCUCCUCUCCAGCAUUUUGAUAUGGCUCAACCAGCCUGGGAAAAGAUUGGAAUCUACAGAGGUGGUAUUGUCCCCGUUAUGUUCAGAAGGGUCCCCUGUGUCAAAACCGGUGGAGUCAGAUUCACAGUCAAUGGGAGGAACUACUUUGAGCUCGUGCUAAUAAGCAAUGUCGGGGGAGCUGGAUCAGUUCAAUCCGUGCAAAUCAAGGGCUCAAGAACUGGCUGGGCUGCAAUGUCAAGAAACUGGGGAGCAAACUGGCAGUCGAAUGGAUACCUGAAUGGCCAAUCUUUAUCUUUUAAGGUUACUACCACAGAUGGAGUCACUCGAGUUUUCAAUGACGUGGUCUCAUCUGGUUGGCAAUUUGGCCAGACAUUCUCGAGUCAUAUAACAUUCUAAGCAAGAACACUGAAGCAAAAAUUACAAAUUUGGUAGGCAGCGGCGUGUUAGUAUAUUGCUUAAGCAGCCCGCCGGAGUAUGUUACACGAGGGCACCCCGAGGUUGAUUCUUGGUUUGGUUUUCUAAAGAUCACAAUGGCCAAGCUCUUAAUCACAAGAACUGUAACCAUUGUGUUUAUAUAUAUUUUUAUAUUUCACUUAUAUUCACUCUUCAAUAAGAUGAAUUAUACAAAAACAUAUAUACCAACUUCUUGUAAGAUUUUAUUAUGAUUGUCAUGUUUUAAAGGUCA